AUGGUCCUCCUCGCCACUUCCGCUCACGCGGGAUAUUGUGGACCAAAGGCGAAGACAUACGAAGUCGGUGCCCCUUCGCACUGGCAUGAACUUUUCCUUGACUGCGCUGAAGGCUAUGGCAAUGUGGAUUGUCCCUAUGGCACUAGAGCCUAUGAUGUUCAACGCCAUGAACCCAACGACGAGAAGGAUUUGUGUUCAACUACGGUAUGA